ACGCCCCCUGACGUGUGUGCCUCAGGCUUAUAAUAGGGCCGGGUGCUGCCUGCGGAAGCCGGCGGCUGAGAGGCAGCGAACUCAUCUUUGCGAGUACAGGAGCUCGUGCCGCGGCCCACAGCCCACAGCCAUGGGCUGGGACCUGACGGUGAAGAUGCUGGCGGGCAACGAAUUCCAGGUGUCCCUGAGCGACUCCAUGUCGGUGUCAGAGCUGAAGGCGCAGAUCACCCAGAAGAUCGGCGUGCACGCCUUCCAGCAGCGUCUGGCUGUCCACCCGAGCGGUGUGGCGCUGAAGGACGGGGUCCCCCUUGCCAGCCAGGGCCUGGGCCCCGGCAGCACGGUCCUGCUGGUGGUGGACAAAUGCGAUGAGCCUCUGAACAUCCUGGUGAGAAAUAACAAGGGCCGCAGCAGCACCUACGAGGUACGGCUGACGCAGACCGUGGCCCACCUGAAGCAGCAAGUGAGCGGGCUGGAGGAUGUGCAGGACGACCUGUUCUGGCUGACCUUCGAGGGGAAGCCCCUGGAGGACCAGCUCCCGCUGGGGGAGUACGGCCUCAAGCCCCUGAGCACCGUGUUCAUGAAUCUGCGCCUGCGGGGAGGCGGCGCAGAGCCUGGCGGGCGGAGCUAAGGGCCUCCACCAGCAUCCGAGCAGGAUCAAGGGCCGGAAAUAAAGGCUGUUGUAAAGAGAAA